AUGAACAAUUCUCUACAUUGCAUAAUUAGAAGGCCACAUUUUACCCAAUUUCUACCGUACAUGAUGAUGUUAUUGAGCACAAAUUUGGUGUCGUGAAGUUGACAUUCAGAAGUCAAAAGCCAGAAAAUUUAACAUUUGAGUAGGAACACAUCGAUAGUAACUUAACAAUGGAAUCCUUCUGGAUUACCUAAAGGUAUAAAACCUCAGUGUUAUAGGGAUACCAAAACUAAUAUAGAAUUAAAAAAGAUUACCAAUCAGACAUUCUCUGACGAUACGGCAUUGUCUAGAUACCGCAGUUAUCUUAUAUAAGAUGUUCAAAACUUUAAUUCGUCUUCAAAUUAGAUAAGGGAGAAUAUUUUUGACGCCCAAUGAAUAUAUUUCUUGCAAACUAUAUAAAAUGUAUCAAAAACAUGUCAAUUAGGAGACAAAUUUUGGAACUGUGUUUGUAGUAGUAGUAUAGUGGUAAUGAAGUGAGUGAAAAGACGAAGGUUACUCAUUCAUCUCGCUUAAAACUCGAACGGGUGAUGGAUGUCAAGAGGGUGAAACUGAGAUGGGUUGCAAGAAAUGACAUUGGAAUGAGAAAAGUGGACAAAACGGAUGAGAAUAGAGGGGAAAAUAGGAAAUAAUUGAAUGUUAGCAAAGCAAGGGGACUUGUUAGGAGAAUGGGGUGAUGUGUUAAGGAGGAAUUGUACAUAGAUUGAGAGGUUCCAACGAGCAUAAUAACGUAUAGUAGCAAUGUAUGACACAACAUACAUGUUGCGCUGAUUCAGGAGCCAUAUGUAUAUGGAGGAAUAGUCAGAAGACUAUCAACAAAAGCAGGGACCUGGUUGCAAUGUCAGCGGUACUGCCGACUCCGGGAGGUAAGCAAGAGGCGAUUAUAGCCUCGGCAUACUUCCCCGGUGAAUCGGACGAUCCACCGCCACAAGAGAUGAAAGCCUCAUCGACUAUUGCAAUAAGAGGGGGAAACAACUCCUCCUGGGCUACGAUGCGAACGCACAUCAUCUCGCAUGGAACAGCUCAGACAAAACCAAAAGGGGAUCGAUUCAAAAACGAUUACGUAAUUAAAAGCUUCCAUUAGAGAAACGAUAAUUUAUUGGCCACUUCUGAAACCCUUCAAUUAAUAAAGAAGUUGAUUGGUUGAUAAAAAUUCCUACUUGUAAGGGUGGGUUUAAAAAGGGAAUGUACCCAAACCAUGCAGAAAUCACUUCGGGAAUCCGGUUUAAAACGUUUCUGGUCGGCUGUGAAAUCUUCAACCACGAACAGUUCAAGUUCUCAAUGCGACCAAGACACCACCGAAUCAUCUGUGGAAGAAGCAAAACCUCUAUCAAAUUGUUCCUUACCACUUCUUCAGGUUUGGCCUAGUUCCGAUUCUCCGCGAGGUGAAGCAGACGGCCAAAGCUUUGUUUUUCCACCUUGUGCAGAUGAUGCAUUAUCUCAACAUUCAAUUUGUUGUGAAAAUGGCCUUCGAACGCAUCACAGCGAUUCCGGAAUCGAAUCUAGUCAGGUUUCACCUUCACCUUGUACAACUUAUCCACGUGCCCCAUCUCCCAUAACGUCCUCUCCAACAACAAGCGUUCGAAGACCAAGCAGUGCCCUUCUCCAUCCAGAUCAUGCAAGAAUUUUCCGACCAUCUCAACCCAUCCCAUCACCGGAUCAAACUUCAAUCGAAGAUGUCUCCGAUAAUGGUCAUGGUUCACCUUCAUCCAGUACAACAUCUUCAUUAACUUCAAUAGCAGCUCCUCCAACGGGGUCUAGAUCGUCAAGAUCAGAUCCUUCUGAUAGUAGAAGACGUUCGUCGAGCGUAACUGUAAGAUAUUCACUUUUCGACGCGUUAGAUUUAGAAUACGCCCUCUUAAGAGCUGCUGCUAGAGGGAGUGUAGGACCUUAUUCAUUAAGUGAAAGUCUGCAUAAAUUAACGUUCACUCAAAGUUUAGCUUUUCCCGCAUUGGCCAGAGGAUUAGCAAAUAAACGGAGUAGAUCUCAACAAAAUAAUAGUAGCAGACCUUUGAAUCCGUCUGAAAGCGGUUUAAACACGUUCGCUAAAGUGGUAACGGCUUUAGUGUUGGUGUUGGUUAGUGUAUUGGUUUUUGCGGUCGUUUACAAGUUUGUGAGGACGUGAGGAUUACUUUUGGCUCCAUGGGGAGCUGGUUAUGGUAAUAGGUUUUUAGUGUCGAAAGGAUUAACGUCGUAUAAAAAUGUAAACAGUACGUGAAAUUAAAAAAAUGUUUAAAAAAAAAUUAUAAAAAAAAUAUCAUCAUGCUACUGCCAUGUAGAUGUUUUUUUGAAAAAAAGUAUAAUUGUAAAUCGCCUGAUUAGAAAUGAGAAUAAUAUUUUUCUAUAAACGUAAAAGUUUAAUAGAAAUACAGGAUGUUUCUAAAGUGCUAUGCUUUUAAUUCUCAACUUAAUUAGAAAAUUGAAUUAGAAUUGUUAACUGUAUGAGUUUGGCAGGAAACUUUGAAACAUUCUCUAUUCCUACUUCAUCAAAUAGGGGUGAUAAAUGAAUAUAUUUAUAAUAAAAUAAAUAAAAAUUAUCUAAUCGAUUUAAAAUUAAAGACAACGUAUACAUUCAAAAACAAAGAAUAAUUCGCUUUUUUGUGAUAUUGCUAACCUAUAUUAGGUUACGCUUAAAUAAAUAACUUUUAUUGCUAAAAUUAUUUAAUAAAGAAAAUAUGUUAUUUAAGUAGAGUAAAAGAGAUCGCUAAGAAUUUACUUCUACUAACAUAAGAAAGUUACAUAAGGUAACUAAUUUUUAAAUAUUUAAGAAGAAACUUUUAAUAGAAACGCUAUAAAUUUUUAUUAAUAAAAAUGAGAUAUAUCAAAAAUAAGAUAUUAUUCUUGUUACAUGACAAUCAACCGAAAGUGUAUAACGUUAAGAACAAUAGGAAAAAGCUUAUUAUUACAAGAAAUUAAGAAUAAAAUAAAAUAAAUCAAACAACUUUACUCUCUA